CUUAGUACUACUAUCAAAUCAAAUUAAAUAUCAAAGUUACAGUGUGUAAAACUAAAAUCAGCCGAGGCUAGAACUAGAUCUAGAAUCUAGAUCACAUCUAGAUUUCUAGAUCUGAAAACUUGAAAAAUCUCUGGUGAAUCAGGAAAUGUCUUCAGCAAGUCCCCCACCGCCCUACCCUGGCUAUCCUGCAGGAGGUAACCCUGGCCAGCCCACCCCACCUUAUCCUGGGAAUUCAGGAGGUGUCCCCAACCAGUUCAUCCCACCAAAUGUUCCAUACAAUGCCCCCUAUCCUCCUACAGAUAAACCAUCUCAAGGUUUCCCAACAGCUCCAGGUUAUCAACAAGGAUAUCCUGCACCACAGCCAUAUCCACCAGUGAAUGCACAGGGGCAACAAUAUUAUGCUUGGCAAGGGUACAGCCAACCAGGCCAACCUGUUGGCAUGUACGCCCAACCCUACAGUACGUCAGCCAACUACACCCAUGGCACGACGGUGGUGGUGGCCCAGCCUGCCAUAACUGUCAUCCAGACGUUUCGCGACAUGCCCGUGCACACCAACUGCCCCCACUGUCGUGCUGAGAUUAUGACAGGUACCCACUAUGAGGUCGGCACCUUCACAUGGGUCAUAUGCUGUAUAAUGUGGCUGCUUGGGUGUGGCAUGGGCUGUUGUCUGAUCCCUUUUUGUGUGGACAGCUGCAAAGAUGUGAUUCACACCUGUCCCAACUGUCAGCAGCAGAUUGCCAGGUACAGCCGAAUAUAAACCAUGAGGCUGCCAGAUUGGCUUGGUUUUUCCCUCAACCAGUCCUACAGUUUUGGGAGUUUUAAAUUAUACAUCAGAUUGGGUCUAGAUUAUUUUUAAAAUAAAAAAAAUAUUUAUUUUAUCUUGUUUAAAGAAAAUGUAACUCAAAACAAAUGUAUAAACUGUUAUUAUUUAUGAAACCAAGAGCACAUAUCAAGAUCAAAUAUUUUAACAUGUUUUGUCUAUGUCCAAAAUCAAAUUAUUUUACAUAUAAAAUUGUACUUUUACUAUAAAUUUAGGAAGAAUUUCCAGUAAACCAUUACCAGUUUUAAAGUUUGCUGCUAAAUAAUUUAGCACUUCUUAAAUCAAUUUAUGUUGUAGUUUUUUUAAUGUACAGCAUAAUCCUAGAAUAAAUAAUGUUGGCUGUUUAAGAGGUUUUAUGACAUGAUAUAAUAGAAAUAUAUUUUCUAUCUACAUGAAAUAUUAAACAUUAUUUAUUUAGAAAUAUGCUACCAUUCUUUCAAGCUUUUGGACUUAAGAUCUCAUCCCAUUUUAUUUAGUAAAUAAUGUGUUUUCCACUUUAGGAGGUUUAAUAUCACAGUGUAGUUAACUUAUACUUUAUUUAUAUGUAAUAUCUUCAAUUUCAUUCUGCAUUCACUUCAAUCAUUUUAUUUUUGUUUUGGGCAAGUUAACUUGAAAAAUUGGAAUGGAAUGUUUUAAUAUAUCUGUUGAAUCAGAAAGGAAACACAUUUUUAAAAAAAUCUAUUGUGUGUGUAUGAUUUAGGUGAUCAUACUGUAAUGUAGAAGCAUGUGUUAAUUAUAAAUUUCAAUACAAAAUAAAAAAAUUGACUACAGUGAUUAUAGAAUGAUUAUUAUGCUAUUAUUUCUAGCAUUCCCUUUAUAUGUUAGACAUUUGUCUAAGUAAACAGCAGUUUGCUUGACACAUCACAUAGCCUUUGUUUACUAAUACACAAGUUUUGGUUUGGUUUAUUUAACCCUUCAUCUCAUAUAAUAACACCGAACGGCAUCAGAAUUAUGUGAUUUUUCCAUCUGAGCCGGAACCCGAUAUUUGUUUACAUUGUCUGUUUCUCAAUACUCACUUCUGUUGUGCUGCUAUAGGUUGUCCCUUGCACAGCUCCUUGUCAUUGUCUUACUGCAGUUUCAUGGUCCUAGCAAAAACAUAUACUUGCAGUGUUUUGAUUGCAUGCGCUGGCUAACUAGUAGUGUAUAGGAUAACAUUGACUGCGGAAUCCUUGAAUCAAAAGGCAAUUCUGAUAAUGCUUAAAUUCAAAUUUUGUUACUGCACUAAGAAAAAAACAACUUUAAUGUUUAUUAAUGUAGUUUCUAUACAAUUAUUUACAAAUGAUAUAAAACUUUAGUUAUUUUUAUCAGAAAUAAUUUAUAAAACUGGUCUAUUAAUAUUUUAAGACUGGAAGAAAAAUGUGUUAACUUAUCAAUAUUUGACACAAUGGAAGGUACAGACUUGAACUUAUGAUAUGGUUCAAUGUAGCUUUGUCUGGCUAUCAAAAUUCUCAGUUCUUUUGGUAACCUCAGUCAUUAAAUUAUUUAAUACAGGUGUCUUAAUACAUAAUAUUGUACAAAAGACAGAAUCUCAUGAGUUUUAUUUGCUCACUUGAUGAUUAGGUUCAAGGUUUUUAAACCCUGGUAUAUUAAUAGUAACAAUUCAGGUCUCAGAAGUUAAAAUAAAUAAGAUAUUCUUUAUCAAAAUAUGUCUAGUCUUUUAAGCAGUCUGUGAUGUUUAGAUAGCUUUAUUGGUAAAUAUCCGGUUGUUGCCACUGUGUAAUAUUUAAGCUAUUGUUGACGUAUUGUUCUAGAAAGCUCCUACAAGCUAAAAUUAUUUUUUUUACAAAAUUCCAAAAUUUUAAAUGGCAUUUUUAAACAAAUUUUAUUUCACAGUAAAAAAGAAAUUCCAACUACGUUGUUCAAAUUAUGUUUUUGAAUGUUGUUCAAGAGAUUAUAAAUAUUUUAUGUUGUUGAGUUUUUAAAUUUUUUAUUGGUAAAUAUGUUUUUUUAUACAGCUUUUCUAUCAGUAGUAUUUAUGCUGUGUGAUUUAUUUUCAAUUCUGAAGUUCGGUUUAUUGUGUCAUCUUAUUUAAGGAAUGUUUAUCUACAUAUUUAAUUUUAUAUACUAACAUUUAGCACAUAUAAUUAAUUUUAACAUUUUAAAAAUAAUUCCUGUGAUACACUUAGGGGUACUUGAAGUUUAUAUAUACAUUUGUUUUUACGAAACAAAAUGUUGCUUUUUAAAAAUACGACUGAUUUUUGGUAUAUUUAAUUUAUUUAUUUAACUUAAUAAGUAUAUUUGAUAAACUUUUGUCAUAUUUUAUUUUUUUAAUAUGAUAUAUAAUGGCCAGUACAAUUUGAUACCUUAAAAUUUUUUUAUUUAAAAUAUUUAUGAAAAAGAUUAUGAAAAUGUUAUGCAACAGUGGCACAAAGGUGUGUUGCUUUUGAAACUAUUGCAGAUAGUUUUAACCUGAAGAUGUGAUUUUCACUUGUUACUCUGACUCACACUAAAUAUAUGUUAAUAUAGUUGUCCACAA